UGUAAUUUUUUCCUCGAACCCUAAGCAUGGUUGGCUAGUUUCCCCGGAUCGAGUUCGUCACCAAAGCGCGGCAUCAUGGGAGGAUUGGAGCAGUUUGGACCUUGGGCCGACCUCCACCCGGAGCUCCUCCUUUCCAUCGCCGACGGGUUGUCGCUAAAGCACUACGCCUCCAUCCGCGGCGCCUGCCCGGCCUGGCGUUCCGCCCUCCCGCCGCCGCUCCCUUCUCUCCUCGUCCUUGUCGACGGCCGGCGCGCAUCCGCACUAUCGUUCCUGAUGCAGCGCCCCAUCCACUGCUCCACGCUCCAGACGCUGCAGAUCUUCCUCCUGAAUCCCCUUACCGGCGAGGAGAUCAGCCUCCUUCGGAUUAAGAAUUGCGGCAAGAGGGUGCGCAAGGUCGUAUUCGCGCCGAACCCCAGACCCGACGACUACACCGCCGUCGCCAUAUGCCACGGCAACAAGCUCGCCUACAGCAAGACCGGGGAUAUGAAGUGGUUCAUCAGCGACGUCGCCAAGGACAGGGGGGACCAGCUCAUCGACCUGGUCUACGACACGGACGGUGGCAAGGUCUACUGCCUUACAGAAUGCGGGGACGUGCACGUGCUCCACAUUCCCCGUGGCCGCCGCCGGAAGCCUAUAGUCGAGCCCUUGCUGCCGGAGCGCCCGUUCGACCCCACGGCCGUCUUCGCACCGCCCUACCACACAGCUUCUAAGCUCACAAGGUUCAAGCAGAUCUUCAUCUGUAAUGGUAGCCUGUACCAGGUAUGGCGGAAUGCCACCGGUAACAUCGCUUGGCGGCUGCCAGAGGGCGGCCGGUUCAGCAUGUCCGACAACGACAUCUUCGUUCUGAGGUACGACCCUGGGCGCAGACCAUGCUGGGACACAGUGAAUGAUCUGGGCGGCUACUCUGUGUUCAUCGGCAAGAACAACCCAGCGGUGGUCCGAGCUGAGGAUGUCCCCGGGGUGAGGGCCAACUGUGUGUACUGGAUCGAUGAGCGGUGGAGAGACGUGCCUAUGGUGUUCGACAUGGUCACCCGAACCUCUGCACCCUUUGUUCUUCCCUCUGCUGACAGUGUUCAAAGCCCCCUAUGUGGAACAGGCUGCUGGUACUUCUUCAGUGAUAACAUUACAAGCAUCGACAACAAUGGAAGGAAACAGCACAUGAGUGGAGACGCCGACAGAUCUCAAGAGCAACAGGAAGCUAAAAGAUCUAAGUCAUAA